AUGGUGACUUUGCAUUUCCAUCGCCAUCGAGAUGUGGAAAUGCCAGGAGACAGCCGCAACCCCGGCCACGCAUUCCCAACACACGACACCGGCUCCAGAGAAGAUGCUCAACGAGGCAUGACGUCGAACGGACCAAUACAUUCGCCGCCUCGUGCUGUCGUUGCUCAUCGGUCACGCGAGGAGGGCGACAGAGAGAGAGAGCCCAGACAGCCGCAGCAGCAGCAGCAGCAAAAGCAGCCAGACCAGCAGCAGCAGUCCAGAGGAGGUAGAGGCGGCGGCGGCGGCGGCGGCGGCGGCGACCGAGACAGGCGUGAGGGCCGGGACAGCAGAGACGAUCGGGACGAUCGAGACGGGCGCGGAGGCCGUGAAGACCGUGGCGAGAAGGACAGCAAUCGCAAAUCAAGAAAGUCGAGCGGCAGCAUUGGAAACGACGGCCAGAACCGGAAUCGGCGGUCGCGUGAGCGCAGCCGAAGCCGAAACAGACACGACGACGACGCGCGGCUGUCAUCGCGACGAGACCGAGAACGCGACAGAGAACGCGACAGAGACCGGGGACGAGACCGGGAACGACAUCGGGGCCGAGACGCGGACCGACGACAAGCAUCGACGGCGGGAUUAGACCCGGCAUCGACAGCAGCCACAGACGAACCGCAUCGAGGACGGCGCCGCGACUCACGCAGCGGCUACCAAAAGCCAAGCAGCAGCGGCGGCAACAGUCAUCCAGGCACGGGGAAACGGCCUCGGAGCCCGAGCGUGUCGUUUGGCUUUGGCGACGCUUCUGGUGGCCGCGGUAACGGUGCUUCUGCAGGCGGCGGCAGUGGUACACAGGCAAAGCGCUCUCGACGAGACAGGAGUCCCUAUUGGCAACCACCACACUCGCAUAGCGGUGGGCGCCCUCGCUCGCGCUCCCCAAACUCGCAUUACUCCCAACAACACCGUCAAGGUUCACGGCGUUAUUCGUCCCGAUCACCACCCCUAGCGUCAUUGUCAACGUCACGGCGCGACCGCCGCUCGAGAAACAAGAACAAGGUACGGAGCGGAGCCGGUGCCGGCGCACCUACUGGCACUGGUGCUCACGGCAACGACCAUCGGCCCCCCCGGCUGUCGAAUCAACAGCUGCCCGCUGCCGAUCGACGCGACCGCUCGCGCUCGCACUCGCGCUCGCCAGUUGUCCUAGACGAUACGGCGUCUCGCAGAGAUCAAACUCCCGAAGACCUCGACGCCGUCGACCUUGUGCCGACCGGCACACCUCCCCCGGAAGAACAGCAACAACGUCACCGCAGACCAUCCUUCACUUCAACGCGGUCUGGCGGAUCAAUCAAAGUGCGAGAGCCGGUACGGGAACGAGAACGGGAACCGAGCAAGGACCGGGCUCGAGACCGUGAAGACGAACGCGACCAAAGCCGAGAACGGGGACCAGAGAGGGAACGAACCAGAGACAGAGACAGAGACAGGGGCCGGGAGCGUGAUCGUGAUCGAGACCGCAGCCGCUACCACGACCGCCACCGCGAUCGCGAUCGAGACCGCCACGCGCGCUCGCCCCACGCCAGCAAGAAACGCAGUAGGAGACGGGACCGUUCUCGCGAAUCCUACGUGUCCAACGCGGCAUCCAACAGCCCCAGGUCUCCCACUGACGACGAUAUGGCCGCGCGUGGUGGGAGCUUCCGGGGCGCCGCAGGCCACGGCCCAUACUCCGUGAAGAACCCCCAACAGCAACACUACAGCAACCAAUCGCCGCACCAGCAGCGCGACCAGCAAUACCCCCAUCCUCCCUCAUACUCUCAGUCCGGACAUGGCACUCCACACUCUUCGUUCCACGGCUCUGCGCCACCCCAAUCGCCGUACGGCAGUAGUCAGGGAUGGGCCCCAGCUCACGAACAAUACUCGCCUCAAGGGCAAUUCCCGCCACAAUCACUACAACCGCACGACUACUCCCCUAACGGCACUUCCUUCCAACAGGCCAACUCCCCUCCUACCUAUCAGGGUAACCACUACGGGCCUGGAAGGGGCGACCACCGUGGAGACAGCGACUACAACGGACAGUGGCCCACAGGGCAGAAUGCCGACGGCGGCUAUCAACACGCAGCGCCCGCAAAUGUGUCUCCCCACCCAGGAGGGCACCAGCGCCACUCCAAUCACCAGCACGGCAGCCACGGACAGGCAGCGCAUUACGAGGGCGAUGAUGUCCCGAUGCAAGAUACGGAGGGCAUACCGUACGAUCAGGGGCAGCCUUUAGACGACGGCAGCAUCGCGGGUCGACCUGACCGCGGUCGGAGGGAGUCCCGUCAGCCGAUGGCCGACGCCCAGAUGCCUCCGCCCAGUCGACAACCACCCACGGGUCCUCAGGGGUCCAAGUUCAGCUUCGCCUUCAAAGCCGCAUCGAAGAAUCACGUCGCUGCUCCCAAGGCGGAGAUUGCCCAGAAGCUUAGUGCCGCUCCCAGACAACCGCUGCAACAAUCGCCACAACAAGGCCAGCAGCAGCAACAGCAACCACAACAGCAGCAACAGCAGCGACAUUCUCACCAGGAUGGCGGUCGUGACGAUGGAAACAAGAGGGAUUUGCCACCCCGCAACGCACCGACUGAACCGGCGUCCUCGCGGGCUCGGUUCGAGCAGCAGCAACGGCAGCGUGGCGAUCAGAACCGCCCUCAACAACAACAGCAGCAACAGCCGCAAUCCCGUCCUGGCCCGCGCUAUCGCAAGGUCAAGCAGAUCAUCCGCCACCCCAAACCACGACCGACACUGCCCGAGGACCUGGCUGCGUCCGACUCGGUCUACUACCGCAAGCCGGGCAACGAGUCAGUCGUUGGAUCUGGUACGUACGGAAAAGUGUUCAAGGCGGUCCACGUCUACACGAAGAAACUCGUUGCCCUCAAACGCAUUCGCAUGGAAGGCGAGCGUGAGGGCCUUCCCGUGACGGCCAUCCGUGAGAUCAAGCUGCUGCAGAGCCUGAAGCACAUCAACGUCGUCGAGCUGCAGGAGGUGAUGGUGGAGAAGAACGACUGCUUCAUGGUUUUCGAGUACCUCUCCCACGAUCUCAACGGCCUGCUCAACCACCCGACGUUCAAGCUGGAUGAUGGCCAGAAGAAGCACAUGGCCCUACAGUUGUUCCAAGGCCUCGACUACCUACACCGCCGCGGUGUUUUGCACCGUGAUAUCAAGGCCGCCAACAUUCUCGUCAGCAGCGACGGUAUCCUCAAGCUGGCCGAUUUUGGCCUGGCCCGCUUCUUUGCCAAGCGCCAUCAGCUCGACUAUUCGAACCGCGUCAUCACCAUUUGGUACCGGCCGCCCGAGCUGCUCCUGGGCGAGACACAAUACGGCCCGGCCGUCGACAUCUGGAGCGCCGCUUGUGUCAUGGUCGAGAUCUUCACGCAAGCCCCCAUCUUCCCGGGUGGCGGCGGCGAGAUCAGCCAGCUGUCCAAGAUCUACCACAUACUGGGCACGCCAACAAAAAGCGAAUGGCCCGGGCUGACCGAAAUGCCUUGGUUCGAGCUCAUGCGGCCCACCUAUCGACUGGCGAACGUCUUUGCCGAAACGUACCAGCACCGCGUCACGCCUGCCGCAUUUGACAUCCUCUCGGCCAUGUUCCGCUACAAUCCAGCCAACCGACCGUCCGCUGCGGAGGUCCUCGACCAUCCCUACUUCACCCAGGAACAGCCACCGGCGCGUCAAGCCAUUGAAUUGGCGGACAUUGGCGGUGAUUGGCACGAGUUCGAGUCCAAGGCUCUCCGGCGCCAGAACGAACGCAACGCAAAAGAGGCCCGUAAAGCAGCAGCUCAAGCUAUCGCAUCCGCAUCUGCCUCUGCCGACCCGGCCGCUGCUCCAGCACCAGCAAUUUCUGAUGCAAUCGUUUCCAGCGACAAACACGAGACGAAGAAGCGACCGCCUACUACGGCGUCGGAGGUCGACGGCAACGGCGGAGCCGGUAGUGCAGACCAGCGGGAGGCCAAGCGCCAGCAUAUUGAAGCACCAAAGCCCAAUAUUGGUGCCGAACAAGAUACAUUGCCAGUGGCUAAAGCUGAGGUUGCCUCGGCCAUAGUUGCUGCAAUCUCAGAAGCCACAUCGUCCUCCAUGCCCAUCCCUGACGUGCCGACGCAGCCGAAACAGACUCCGGCGUUCCCACCGGAGGACGCGAACAAAGACCGAACCGGAGCCUAUCCAGGGCGUUAG